AUGUCGAAACAAAUCAAAGAAUUUUUCUCAAAAGUCAGGAAGAAUUACGACGUUGCGAAAAAACUGGGUGCAACAUUCACCUCCGGCAACCGCAUCCUUCCGUCCCAGACGACCAAAAAUGGCGCAGAUUACCAGCUGCGUCUUGACGCUGGAGAACUAGUUGACAGACGAUACCAAAAUAUUGUUUUGCAAGUUACCUCGCAAGCGAAAAACACGGGUUAA